AUGGCUAUCCAGGAACUAUUCGACACACUACAAGACCGUAUUGCGCAUCAGUCUGGUGACCACCGAUUAAUCAUCGGAGUCCUCCUAUUGCCUUUAUUCUAUGUGAUUUUGAACGAGGUUGUCCGUAGCAAGGCACGGAUUGGAAGGCUGAAUGGACCGAAGGGUUUACCGCUAAUUGGCAAUCUCUACCAAAUUCGAGUCAAUGCAGCAGAGCAAUAUCGCCAAUGGUCCAAACAGUACGGGGAUGUCUAUCAGAUUCAGUUGGGAAACAUUCCUGUUGUGGUUGUCAAUACCGCUGCGGCAGCCAAGGUCAUAUUUGGGAACAAUUCUCAGGCAUUAGCUUCUCGUCCGGAGUUCUAUACUUUUCACAAGGUUUUGUCCAAUACAGCCGGUACGACUAUCGGUACAUCACCAUAUAGCGACUCGCUCAAGCGCCGUAGAAAGGGUGCUGCAUCCGCACUCAACAGGCCAUCGGUGCAGACCUAUGUUUCCCACCUGGACAUCGAGUCAAAAGACUUCAUCAAAGAGUUAUACGACUAUGGAAAAGGUGGCAGUCUUGGGGUUGACCCCAUGCCUAUGAUUCAACGGCUUUCUCUAAGUCUGUCUCUGACGCUGAACUGGGGAAUUCGGAUGGAUAGCCAAAAGUCUGAUCUAUUCCAUGAGAUCACACACGUCGAGGAGGAGAUUAGUCGCUUCCGUAGCACGACCGGUAAUUUGCAAGAUUAUAUACCCUUGCUACGACUGAACCCGUUCAACUUUGGAUCAGCAAAGGCGCGCGAGAUGCGUGAUAGACGUGAUGCAUACCUGACCGCUCUUAAUAAGGGGCUCGAUGAUCGUAUCGCCAAGGGGACUCACAAACCAUGUAUUCAAGCAAAUGUCAUCUUGGACAAGGAAGCCAAGCUUGAUAAAGAUGAACUGAUAUCCAUUAGCUUGACUAUGUUGUCAGGUGGUUUGGACACAAUCACGACGUUAGUGGCAUGGAGCAUUGGAUUGCUUGCACAACGUCCAGACAUCCAGGAGGAAGCGCGCAAGGCAAUUGAAGAGUUCUAUAGCACCAAACAGCCCUUGUGUGAUGCUCUCGACGAUCAGAAAUGCAAGUAUAUCGUGGCUUUGGUGCGCGAGUGCUUGAGAUACUAUACCGUGCUUCGGUUAGCUCUUCCUCGUGCCUCGAUCAAGGAUAUCGAGUACAACGGCGUUCGGAUUCCAAAGGGUAGCAUAUUUUUUCUGAAUGCAUGGGCUUGCAAUAUGGAUGACAACGUCUGGGACGAUCCUGAAGUCUUCCGACCCGAACGUUGGCUUGAGCAGGAUGAUGCACCCAUAUUCACAUACGGCAUGGGAUACCGCAUGUGUGCUGGAUCCCUACUGGCCAACCGAGAACUCUACUUGAUCUUUAUGCGUCUCAUCAAUUCGUUCAAGAUCGAAAAGGAGACUGAGUUUGAUGCUCAUCCGGUCUCUGGUAACAUGGACCCUACUAGUCUUGUUGCAAUGCCGAAGAAGUACUAUGCACGGUUCGUUCCGCGCGAUGAUGCGGCGUUGCGUCGAGCUUUACGAGAGUUUGUGGUUGUCGAAACUUAA